AUGGAUCCGGACUGCGCCAUAUGCCACGCUCCGGCCUCGAUGGCCUGUGACUGCGAGGCAAAGGGCCUCGAGGUGGCCGUUAAGCAGGCCGAGGAACGCAUGAUGCGGUCCAUAUACGGCGACAUACGUUCGUGGGUAAGGGCCCAUGCUCAAGAUUAUAUACUCGAGUAUUUCCGUCAACUUGCCGAGCGACGGAAGACGGCCCACUCGGCUCACCUCGACCACAUCACUGCCCACGCCUUCUACCAUUAUAAUGCGCCGCCACAUCCCAACCAGAUCGCCGAAGCCCAGGCGACCCUGAAGCGAGGCAUCGACGAGGAUUGGCAGGCCAGCGUACAACGUUAUCCCGAAGUCCUCGAAUACUUUUAUAGCCUCAUCGAGCUCACCCUCCCCGCGGACGACGAGGCCGCCGUGAAGAACCCUCCCUUGACUGCUCCACCUCGAAAGCCGAGUCGUCGGGCCGGCUCCAUCAGUGCCAGCGCCGGUUCCGCUCCUCCUCCCGCCAUAGCCCCUCCCUCGUCUUUCCACGACCGCGAUGCCCUCAUGGAGCGCCGGACCCCCGCGCCGGCCACCACACCACGAGACCGGAGGACAUUCAGACCGCCGCCUCCGCAGCAUCACCCGUCUUCGUCAUACUAUGCACCAUUUGGAUAAGCAGCAUAUAACAAUACGAAAAGAAAUAAGCAAUAUAAGCGGACCAGUAUACCAUUACGACGCAAACCCAACCCGCCAGGGGCACAAGCUGUCGACACGUCAUUUUUCGCUCUUUCACAUCUCAUCCUGCACCAAAAAAAACAUCACGACAUGUACGAUCACCCUCUGGUUUCAUUUGUCUGGAAUGGAAAUGGCAUGAUUGCAUGGUAUUGGGGUAGCCUUGCUUACGAAAGUCACGAAACGCUGGGAUUUAUCUUUCUUACUCACGCAUACUUAUACAUAUACAUCUUGGCUACAUCUACGAGAAU